GGUCCAUACUCUUGGGUAUAAUUAAGAAGUACAAUUGUGCGACCGCUAAUGAUCAACAAACUGAUACACAACAAAAAGAAUGGAGAGAUAAGAAGUCCGAGUGUAAAGAAGAAGGGAGCUUGGAAACACUACAAUCAUGUGUGAAGGCCGUGCAGGAACAGAUCUGUGUAAAAGGUUUUCCCCCGCGAGGGUCAUCUGGAGCAAAAAUGGCUAAAAAUGUGAAUGAGAUGAUUGUAAUUGUAAUGAGAGUAUGUGUGGAUGGUAAAAAAGUCGAAGUGGAAGACUGUCAGAAGAUGUGGUUUGAACUUCUCUUGGGCCUGUUAGAGACAGGGCCAGGGACUGCUGCAGCAGAUAUCAUACAGGACUGCCUUAUCAAGACCAAGGAGCUGAUUAACUACUUAGAGGAAAUGAGGGGAAAAGAUCUUACAAGAAUUAUUGAGAGUUUGAAAUUGUGGACUCACACCCCUGAGGGGCCAAACAUGACGUUGAAGGACCAGAGCAAUAAGUGGGGAUCCAGUAUCACAGCUCUUAUAAAGCGCAUACUGGGUGGUGAUAAUAAAGAAGCCCGUUUGAAAGUUAAUGAGCCAGCAAUUCAUCAACAAUUCCUGGAGCUGUACCUAUUCUACUUCAAGAGGAUGGGAAAUGAACCAGAAGACUAUUCGGGCCAUUUGCGCGAUUUCAUUAAUAUGAUACAGCACGCGUAUAAGGGAACACAUGAAGAUAACCCAUACAUG